AUGUUUGGAAGGUGCUUAUGCCGAGCAAUUAAACCAUCAAGACUGUUGUCGCUAUGUCAAAAUAGGACCAUUUUUUUAAACUUGAGGGCGCCCUCUGCGACCAGGUAUGUGAGAGACGGUUUAUUUCGCAUAGGAUGUACUCAAAUGAAAAGACAUAUCCAAUCCUCUCACGUAUUACUGAAAAAUGAUGAUAAGAAUUCAUCGAAGGUUUUAUUCGGAAAGGAAGUGUCUACAUCGGAAUUCGGCAUGAUGAAGUCUCUUUUGGCAACGAUAUGGCCCAAGAAUAAACCAGCAUUUAAGUUUAGGGUAAUUUUGGCAUUGUCGCUAUUGAUUGGAUCAAAAUUACUAAACGUUCAAGUGCCUUUCUAUUUCAAGGACAUAAUCAAUGGCAUGAAUUUGGAUUGGGCAUCAGAAUUGGGAACUGUUGGGACCGUCGUAGGAUCUCUUAUCCUUGCGUAUGGUGCUGCGAGGUUCGGAGCAGUGUUAUUUGGAGAGUUAAGGAACGCUGUAUUUGCCUCAGUGGCUCAAAGUGCAAUCAAAAGAGUAGCAUCAGAUACCUUUAAGCAUUUAUUGAAUAUGGAUCUUCAAUUUCAUCUAUCGAGGCAAACCGGGGGUCUUACAAGAGCAAUUGAAAGAGGAACAAAAGGCAUAAGUUACGUUCUUAGCGCCAUGGUGUUUCAUAUUAUUCCUAUUUCGUUUGAAAUUUCAGUAGUUUGUGGAAUCUUGAUUUAUAACUAUGGAUACUCUUUCGCAGCUGUGACUCUAGCUACGAUGCUCAGUUACUCUUUAUUCACCAUUAAAACGACAGCUUGGAGGACUGCAUUCCGGAGGCAGGCUAAUAAUGCAGAUAAUCAAGCGGCCAAUGUUGCUCUUGAUUCAUUGAUCAAUUAUGAAACAGUAAAGUAUUUCAAUAGUGAACUGUAUCAGAUGUCGAAAUACGAGUCUGCUCUUACGAAGUAUCAGAAUGCAACUAUAAAGGUAGCAACUUCUUUGGCAUACUUAAAUAGCGGUCAAAAUUUAAUUUUCACAAGUGCAUUAACUGCAAUGAUGUAUAUGGGUUGUCAAGGCAUUGCUACAGGCGGUUUAAGUGUUGGUGACUUGGUUUUAAUAAACCAAUUAGUAUUUCAGUUAUCAGUUCCUUUAAAUUUCUUGGGAUCAGUAUAUAGGGAACUAAAGCAAUCAUUGUUAGACAUGGAAAACUUAUUUCAAUUACAGAAUUACUCAAUCAAAGUCAAAGAUGCGCCCAACGCGCAGCCAUUACUUUUGAACAACUCUGGGGUUCCUGGUGAAAUUAAAUUUGAAAACGUCACAUUUGGAUAUCACCCAGAUAGGCUUAUUUUGGAUAAAGCUACAUUUACGAUACCACCUGGUCAAAAGAUUGCAAUCGUGGGUCCAUCUGGUAGCGGUAAAUCUACAAUUUUAAGAUUGAUAUUUAGAUUCUAUGAUGUUAAUCUGGGAAGAAUUCUAAUUGAUGGCCAAGAUAUAUCGAAAGUUACUUUGGAUUCAUUGCGAAAAUCAAUCGGAAUUGUUCCUCAGGAUACUCCUUUGUUCAAUGAAUCAAUUCUUGAAAACAUCCGAUAUGGUGAUGUUAAGGCUACUGAUGAUGAGGUGAGAGAUGUAAUCAGAAAAGUACAAUUGAAUCCUCUUAUCAAGGAUUUGCCUGAAGGUUUAAAUACCAUAGUAGGAGAGAGGGGUAUGAUGAUUUCAGGUGGUGAGAAACAAAGAAUAGCAAUUGCAAGGCUCCUUUUGAAAAAAGCACCAAUUACCUUUUUUGACGAAGCGACUUCAGCUUUGGAUACUCAUACAGAGCAGGCACUCCUCAGAACAUUGAGGACUAUUUUCAAAGAAGAGAAAAAUACACACGUCUCAAUCGCUCAUAGACUUAGAACCAUAGCUGAUGCUGAUAAAAUAAUUGUGCUCGAAAAAGGAAAAGUUAAAGAGGAAGGUUCACAUCAAAAGUUGCUAGCAAUUUCAGGAGGUUUGUAUGCUGAGCUCUGGAAUAUUCAAGAAAAUCUUGAUAUCGAGGAAGAAUUAGUGAGGUCUCUGGAAGAGCAGGAGUCAAAUUUGAGAUGA